ACCACCAUCUCUGCACAGUGUUUGUUCAUCCACCGCCGUCCUUCCAGUCCUUUUCGUACUCAAAAAAAUGCGUCCUUUGACUCACGAGGAAACCAAGACCUUCUUUGAGAAGCUCGCCCAGUAUAUCGGAAAAAAUAUCACCCACUUAAUUGACCGUCCCGAUGAUCCUCAUUGCUUCCGGUUACAGAAAGACCGUGUGUAUUAUGUCAGUGAAAAAAUUAUGAAACUCGCGACCACCGUUGCUCGUCAGAGCUUGAUGUCGUUGGGUGUCUGCUUUGGAAAGUUUACGAAGACCGGCAAGUUCCGUCUUCACAUCACGUCGUUGGACUACAUCGCCCAGUACGCUCGUUACAAAAUUUGGGUUAAGCCCAACGGUGAAAUGCCUUUCCUCUACGGAAACAACAUUGUCAAAGCACACGUUGGUCGUAUUACCGAUGAUACUCCUCAACAUCAAGGUGUAGUCAUUUACUCGAUGAAUGACACUCCCUUGGGAUUCGGUGUCACAGCUCGUUCUACAGUGGAAUUGAGACGUUUAGAGCCUACCGCCAUUGUCGCUUUCCACCAGGCCGAUGUGGGCGAGUAUCUUCGUGACGAGGACACGCUGUUUUAAGAACAGAACAAAAAAGGACCAAGAGUGCGUUGAGUACUUGUGCUAUAGGGAAACAUGUUUUUUUUUGGGUUAA